UUUUCGUUGGACUUUGGACAAAUUUAUGAUUUUUCUUAUUUACAAAACUAAAGCCAUGAAUUUUUUACAAAAAGGAUUAAAUAAAUAAAUAGACGUUCAAAAUUAACAGACACAUAUUUAUGAAUCAUACUUAAAUAGAAUUACACCAUGCCUCUUAAGGGAAUUAAGGUUCUCGAGUUCUGUGGUCUCGCUCCGGGACCGUUUUGUGGAAAGGUUCUUUCGGACUUUGGUGCAUCCGUGACUGUAAUAGACAAAGUUUUGGAGAAUCCUUUGAAUGUUUUAAGUCAAGGAAAACGAUUACUCCCGGUAAAUCUGAAAGAACCCCAUGGUCAGAAUAUUAUUCGAAAAUUAUGUAAGUCUUAUGAUGUCCUAUUAGAACCCUUUAGACCAGGUGUCAUGGAAAAAUUAAACCUCGGUCCAGAAAUCCUAUGCAAAGAUAAUCCCAAGUUAAUUUAUGCUCGACUUACUGGAUUCGGUCAAAAUGGACCUUUAUCAAAAAGUGCCGGACAUGAUAUAAAUUAUGUUGCAAUCUCUGGAGUAUUGUCUUUGCUGGGUAGGAACAAAGAAAAACCAACUCCACCCAUAAAUAUAGUCGCCGAUUUUGCUGGAGGUGGCUUCCUAUGUGCAAUGGGCAUUUGUAUGGCCUUACUUGAACGCCAUCGAUCGGGAAAAGGUCAAAUUAUUGAUAGUUCAAUGACUGAAGGUGCUGCUUAUGUUUCUAGUUGGAUAACGAUGUCACAAAACAAACCAAUUUGGUCGGGUGGGGAACGUGGCACGAGUCUCCUUGAUACCGGGGCGUUUUUCUAUGACACCUAUGAGACAAAGGACGGCAAGUUUAUGGCCGUUGGUGCACUGGAAGAGAAGUUCUUUAGGAAUUUUGUCAAUAAACUUGGUCUGUCGCACAUCAAUCAAUCCAUGCCCAAUGAAGAGGGAAAGCAACUUGUCACCCGAGCAUUUUUAACAAAAACUCAACAAGAAUGGACAGAGAUCUUCACAGAUGUCGAUGCUUGUGUACAGCCCGUUCUAGAUUGGAAUAACGUUAUGAAUCAUGACCACCAUGUGACUCGCAAAUCAUUUAUGCAAACUUCUGAAGGCCAAAUUAUUCCCAGUCCUGCUCCGAAACUGAGUAGAACUCCUGGUGAAAUAAAACUAGACAAAGAUAGAAGUCCCUUUGACGAAGCUUGUGAAAUUUUAGCUGAAAUCGGACAUAGUUCUGAGGAUGUAAAAAAACUUAUUGCAAAUGGAAUUUUACAAAUUCCAUUAAAUGCUAAGUUAUAAGAUUAAGGACAAAGGUAAUAGAAAGGUGACGAGCUUUAAUAACAAAAAUAAAGUAUUUUGGUAAUUAUUUUUAAAA